AUGUGUCAUCGGUCCUCUCAUCGAAAGAAAAAAGGACAAAACAGAAAAGAAAACAAUUGUCCCAAACAAUGGUCUUCAAAUAUUAUUGGGUGGGUGCCUAUCUUGGCCUUGGUGGCCAUACAACUCCUCCUUAUACAGAACGUUUCUUCCCAGAAUGUAACCAAUGAGUAUUUGCACCACCAAUGCAACAAUACAUAAAGGACUGAUAUACGCUCCGAAGGGGAGUAUAUUCGAGAAAAUCUUAUUCAAGUCAUCCGUAACAUCUCUGGCCUCAAUCUUCGCCACGGUUACACCUACAACUCUAAUGUUGAAGCUUACGCAGUUAGUAAAGAUCCCAACAUUGUCUUCGUUUUGCUCCAGUGCCGCGGUGACUCUUACGGUUCCAAGUGCCACUCCUGCCUCCACACAGCCCUCUCUGGGCUUCGUGAGAGAUGUCCAAGAAAGAGAGGAGCAAUAAUAUGGUACGACCAAUGGGUUUUGGAGAUUUCUUCAUUCAAUACCGAGGGAAGGAUCCUUUACGAUAGUUGUUUCAGUAUGACCAACAUAAAGAACGUGAGCGGCGAUCCGAAUAAGUAAAAUAAAAGGAGGGAUCUCUUCCACAAGCUAAUGUUAGGAGCCACCAAGGAUACAGAUGAAAGAAACGAACCAUACGCAGUGGGAGAGACAAGAAUAAUAGGAGAAAAUAAGAUGUAUGCAAUGGUGCAAUGUGCAUUAGACUUAGGGUCCAACGGUUGCUAUGUGUGUCUAGAAUGGAUUAUGGGAAGGUAUGAAAGGUACUACUUCGACAAUAGACAAGGAGGGAGAGUUUUGGGUAGGAGUUGUAGCUUAAGGUAUGAGCUUUACCCUUUUCUUAGAAGGUAA